UUCUUAAUUUAAAUAAUUACUUCUUUUUUUUUGGUCAUGACGUCCAGGCUGUUAGGCUCUUGGGUCCUCCAGCAAGAUUUGAAGCAUCAAAGUUGGAAGUCUUGUUAAAAGGAGAAGAAGUUGAUACAUACUCCACUAUUGUGCCACGGACAUAUACCCUCUCCCAUUGUGAUUUUACUGCGAAUCUCACAUUAACCAUCUCAAAUAAUAUCCAAUACGAUCAGUUGAAAGGGUGGUAUAAUAAGGAUGAUGUGGUUGCUGAAUGGACAGAAGUGAAAGGCAAUUUGUUUCUUGAUGUCCACUGUUAUGUGAGUGGACCGAAUCCCUUACAAGAGCUGGCUGCGGAGUUCAGAUACCAUAUAUUCUCCAAGGAAUUGCCGCUGGUACUUGAGGCUGUGCUCUAUGGGGAUUCAGAUUUCUUCAAGGAGCAUGAAGAACUAAUGAAUGCGAUUGUUCGAGUCUAUUUCCAUUCUAGCUCGAAGAAGUACAAUCGUGUAGAAUGCUGGGGUCCUCUAAAAGAUGCUGCUAAGGGAAGACAAGGGGAUCAUAUCAACAGUUUGUUAUCGACAAGCAAGGAAGAUUUUCACCCGCCAAAAAUCCUAAGUGCAAAAUCAAUAUUUCAAGCUCUUUUCACCUUCCUUCUCUAAGGUGAGAGACUGCAAAAGGGUUGAUGGAUUUUGGAAGGAUCUCUGUUGAAACAGUACAUUUUAAAGUCAUGGGAUCCUACAUUCCAAUGACUUGUAAAGACAAGAAUUGUUUGCAAGGUCAUUUUGAUUCUUUUGUAUGUAUUGCAUUCUUUCGAAUGAGCUCUUGACUCACAAUUCUUGUAAAACCACAUGACUGUUUUCUCUCUUACAUAUCGAUCAGUACUUGUUCCAUCUAUUGUGUCUGAAUAUAGGUUGCCCCUUUUCACCCUA